UGCCCUGAUGAUGUCACAGGCAGGGUGCAAGGGCUAGCUGCACCUGGAUUAUGACAUCAGCACAAUUUGGGUCAUCCUCAAGGACAGGGCAUCUGGGGACAAAGACCAUGAAACAGCAGCUUCAGGGAAAGGUGAGAAGGCAGCAGUCACCAGCCACCAGGGUAGCAAAGUAUCUGGCUCUUGCUAACAUGAGGAAGAUCUCACGGUCAUCCCAGGACCAACUCCCCUCCCAGCUCUCCUCCCAGGCCUCCAGAGCCCAAAUCCAGCUCCUGAUGAACAGCAACAGCAGUCAACACAUGUUGGAAGAGCAAAUCCUCUGUCCCAUUUGCCUGGAGGUGUUCUGCAACCCAGUCACCACAGCCUGUGGCCAUAACUUCUGCAUGACUUGCCUUCAGGACUUCUGGGACCACCAGGGUGCCACUGGGGAGACUUACUACUGCCCCCAGUGCAGAGAGACCUUUCCCACCAGGCCCCGCCUCUGCAAGAAUGUCAUCCUUGGGGAGAUGGUGACUUGCUUCACGCAGGCCAAGGGCCAGACCUCGGGGCCCUUGUGGCAUCUGGCUGGCCCCACAGAUGUGUCCUGUGACUUCUGUUCCCCACAGAAGUUGAAAGCGAUCAAGUCAUGCCUGCAAUGCAUGGCUUCCUUAUGCGAGAAGCACCUGCGCACCCACUUUGAAGACCAGGUGUUCCAGGACCACCAGCUGUUGGAGCCUGUGUGGGACCUCAAGAACCGCUUGUGCCGCAAGCACCGCAAGCUUCGGCAGCUGUACUGCCGCACGGAGGGCAGCAGCGUGUGCGGAGCCUGCCUGCUUGAGGAGCACAAAAACCAUGACACCAUCUCCCUGGAGGAUGAACGGGCCUGCAAGGAGGUGGAAGUUCGGAAGAUUCAGGCCAAUGUGGAGAACCAGAUGCUCAUCAUCGCCUCAGACAGCCAGAAGCACCAGGGACGAGUGAGCUUUCUCUCGAAACUGAUUCAGACAAUGCGAGACGAGGUGAACACCUGCUUCUCAGAGAUCUUCCAUGAGAUUAAACAGCUGCAGAUAAAGCUCUUGGAAUUCGUGGAGAAAGAGGAGGCUGCUGCCCUGGGAAAGCUGAGCAACUCUAUCCAGCAAAGCCACAAAUGGCUCCUCAAGUUGGAGGGGGACAGUGUCUGGCUCCACAGUCUGCUCACCAAUCGGAGUGAUGAGCAGUUCCUACAGGAGUUUCCCAGACUGAAGCACCUCCCUGCCUGCACGGAACCGUUGAUGGGCACCGACUGUGAGGAGACGCAGAGCUUCCUUCAGUUGCCAGAGACCUUGGCCCAGCUCCGCACCAGGCUACUGGACAUAGGCCUCAGCUUCGUCAACAAGCUACUCCUGAAAGGCAUCAGGAUGAACUCCUAUGAAGUGCUGCCUCCAUCUGUGGACAGGAAGACACUACUUCAGUGCUACUGCAAUCUGAACUUCGACCCUGCCACAGCCAGCGACGAGCUGUUCCUGUUCAAGGAAACACACUCAGUGUUGAACUUGGGCAUCCUCCUGGAGCCUUCGCCCACCAACAAGCCUUUACCGGCUUUUAAUCAGUGGCCCCAGGUACUGUGCUGCCCAGGCCUGGCUGAAGGCUGUCACUACUGGGAGGCCGAGGUGUCCAACUCAUGGAUGUGCCUGGGAGUCACUUACCGCCACAACCCUCCACUGGCCGGUCGCUCGCGUCGCAACAUUGUCUACCUUCUGGGCCGCAACUCCUACUCCUGGUGUCUGGAGUGGGAUUCCCUCAAGUUCUCAGUGUGGCACAACAACACGCAGACGGUGCUGCACGGCUCCUAUCACCACACGCUCGGUGUAUCGCUGGACUUUGGCGCCGGCUGCCUAUCCUUCUAUGGCGUGGCGGGUGGCACGAGCCUCCUGUAUCGCUUCUUCACCUCCUUCCUGGAACCUCUGUACCCAGCGGUCAUGGUUAGCAGCGGAGCCUCCCUCACACUCAAGCAGUAUCCCGAGGCAUAAGGCAGCACCCGCCGGCCCAGGCUGCCUGCCAAUAAAGUUAGACUCUACGUACUGACCGGACAG